AUGGGCCUGACGCCAGGCUGCUGGGUGUCAGGGCACCCGAGGGAGCCGGAGGUGGGGCGAGGCGUGGCAGCCCGCAUGCUCACCUGGCCCUGCAUGGCAACAGGCAAUGGAGCUCUAGGAGCCUUGGGCUGCGGACCCACGGCCGCUUCCAGAGGCAGCGGGUGGCAGAGGAGGGAGGGCAAACUGGCAGCCCCUGGCAACCUGGGGCUGACGGCAGCAGGCUGGGCACACCGCGGAUUUCCCCCCGCCGGCAGGAUGGUGAACCUGGAGUCCGUGCACGCAGCUGUCCCCGAAGGAGAGAGUGGCCCCGGGUGUGGUGGCAGCCAUCACUUCAAGGAGAUCAAGAUGAGCGGGGAUGCUGCAGAUUCCACAGACACCCGGCACGAGCCUGACCAGGUGGAGCCAGGGAAUGAACAGAAUGGGCUGGACUUUAACAGGCAGAUUAAAACCGAGGACCUCAGCGACUCCUUGCAGUCUGCCAUCCCCCCUCGGUCGGGGCACCUCGUGCAGGGAUCAUCCAUGAUGCCAGGGAGCCAAAUUGCAGGGGACAUGAGCUCUCUCCACACCCUGCAGCAGCUGGUGUUGCUUCCUGGGCACAUGCAGUCAGUCCCCCAGUUCCUCCUGUCCCAGUCUCAGGCAGGACAACAAGCUUUGCAGCCAAACCUCCUCUCCUUCCCUCAGCAGCAGGGCAGCCUCCUCCUCUCCCAGCCCGGACCCAGCCUGGCCUCGCAGGCUGUGGGUCGCUCUGGCCUGCCUGGCUCCUCGGUUGAGCCCCACCUGGACGUCCCCCAGCACCUGCAGGUGGCAAAGCACCUGGCCCCAGCAGGGGCAUCUGAGGAGCCCAGCGACCUGGAGGAGCUGGAGAAGUUUGCAAAGACUUUCAAACAAAGGAGGAUCAAGCUGGGGUUCACACAGGGGGACGUUGGCCUGGCCAUGGGGAAGCUCUACGGCAAUGACUUCAGCCAGACCACGAUCUCCCGCUUCGAGGCUCUCAACCUGAGCUUCAAGAACAUGUGCAAGCUCAAGCCCCUGCUGGAGAAGUGGCUCAGUGAUGCAGAAUCUGCUCCUUUGGAUUCCUCCAUGAGCACCCCCAACUCCUACCCCUCAGUGAACGAGAUGUUUGGACGGAAAAGGAAGAAGAGGACCAGCAUUGAGACCAACAUCCGCUCCACGCUGGAGAAGAGAUUCCAAGAUAACCCCAAGCCCAGCUCAGAGGAGAUCUCCUUGAUAGCAGAGCAGCUCUCCAUGGAGAAGGAAGUGGUUCGGGUCUGGUUCUGCAACCGGCGCCAGAAGGAGAAGCGGAUCAGCUGCCCCAUGCCAUCCCCCAUCAAAUCACCCAUCUACAACUCCAGACUGGUCUCUACCUCAGGCUCCUUGGGGCCCCUCUCCGUCAAUCCCGUGCACAGCACCAUGCCUGGGACUGUGACAUCCUCGUGCUCCCCAGGGAACUCCAGCAGGCCCUCGUCCCCUGGCAGUGCCCUCCAUGCCAGCAGCCCUGGCACAGCCCAGAGCAACUCCAAAGCUGCCAUGAACUCCUCUGGCUUCAACUCUUCAGGCUCCUGGUACCGAUGGAACCAGCCCACCUACCUCCACUGA